GGACUGGGUUGCUCAAAACUAUGGCUAAAUUUAGCCAUUGGUUAGCUUAUCCAACGGCUAAUUAUGUUAUCCAGUGGCUUACUAUCCGUUGGCUAUUUUUCCAUUGCUCCAAGGCAAAAUGGGAGUCUGGUUAGUAAGCCACUGGAUAAGUUACUUAACCAAUGGUUAAAUGCUACAUAUUACCCAUAAUUCAUUCUUUUCCUGGCAAUAUGGAAGCAAAAGAGCAGAAGACAGAACUGAAACGCAAAAGAAGCGAAAACUUCCCCAAGGCUUCCUUGUCAUAUCUAGUGGAUCUGGUUGAGGAAAAUCAUGAAAUCAUAAAAUCAAAGCACACAAAUUCAAUAACAAAUGCCAAAAAAAAUCAAGUGUGGUUAAAUAUUACAAAUUCUGUCAAUGCCAGGGCCGGGGGUCCAAAAUGGACAGUAGACCAAAUAAAAGAGAAGUGGAGGAAGUCUUGCUCCAAAGCCAAACUUGAGGCAAGUGACGUGAAAAGAGUCCGCAAUAAGACCGGCGGGGGACCACAUGUAGAGGAUAUUGACGACACGUCCAAGAAAAUAAUUCUUCUACAUGAAGAUGCUCCACAUUUCUUUGGGAUAGACGGCGGGAUAGACGUGGGAGUGCUGGAAAAGAUGUUUCCAGACGCACAGGAAAUAAAGCACAGCAAUGAAAGUAGAGAGGAAAGGCCUGUUUUUGAGAUGUCACUUCCUGUCAAUCCACAUACUGCAUCUAGUACAUGUUCUAAAGAUAGUACCAUGAAGAAUGACGUAAUUACAACAGUGACCAGUACUGAAGUAAAUGCCAGUGUAGGACAUUAUUCUGUUAUUAGUAAAGCAAAGGAAAUGGAGGCAGAUAUAAUGAAAUUUCUGAAAAAUUACAAACAUAUAAAAUCUCUACCAAAGAUUGGCAAUAGCAUACUCAAUGAGUAUGAUGAUGUAACUAAAAGCAUGUCAGAUGAUGAGCGAGAUGAACUAACAGAGUACUUAUGCACUUUUAAAGAAAUCAACCCUACAGCUUUUGAUGUACCCUCCAUGAUUCAUAACACCAUUGCAUAUAUCAUAAACUAUUCUUCAAUAAAAGGUAUGACAAAGUCUUGUGAGAAGUUAACAGAAUCUAAAACUCAGGAAAUACAUGUGGUUGAAGACGAUUCACUAGUAAAUAUGACCAGAUAUGAAAAAAGAAAAGUUGUCGAGGAUUACCAGAUCAAAUGUCUAAAACAAGAGCACAUCAAACUGAAAAAUGAGAACAUUAAAUUAUUGAAAGAAAUUGAUCUUAUUAAUGAACAGAAAGGAAUCACAGUUUUGAAGAAGAAACUAAUCAAACUUCAGUUAAAAAAGAUGAGACUAGACAUGAAAGUCGAGAAUGAGUGUUAAAACAUUUUAGUUGUUCAAAAUUAUAUUUAUUUCUGGAGAUUACAUCUUGAAUGACAGUUGAAAGAAUUUUAAGUGUACAAAAUUGUUUAUUUAUUAAUUACAUUUUAUGUAAUGAGAAUUAUGAGACAUAUGAA